CUCUUCGAUACGCAGCACUAUCGAAUAGAGCGAAAUCGUGAUCCUCGACACAACCGUAAAGAUGGCUGACGAAUACAAUGCCGAGGAGGCUGCCGAGCUGAAGAAGAAGAGAGCCUUCCGCAAGUUCUCGUACAGGGGCAUCGACCUUGAUGCUCUCCUCGACCUCGGCUCCGAUGAGCUCCGCGAUGUCGUCCACGCCCGCGCGCGUAGAAAGAUCAACCGGGGCCUGAAGCGCCGCCCCAUGGGCCUGAUCAAGAAGCUGCGCAAGGCCAAGCAGGAGGCCAAGCCCAACGAGAAGCCCGACCUCGUCAAGACGCACCUGCGCGACAUGAUCGUCGUCCCGGAGAUGAUUGGCAGCGUCAUCGGCAUUUACUCCGGCAAGGAGUUCAACCAGGUAGAGAUCAAGCCUGAGAUGGUUGGCCACUACCUCGGCGAGUUCUCGAUCUCAUACAAGCCUGUCAAGCACGGUAGACCAGGUAUCGGUGCCACGCACUCUUCUCGUUUCAUUCCUCUGAAGUAAGGGCUGUGGGAUAUGGGUGGUUCUUGCAUUCAGUCAUGGAUUCGGCGAAACGGGACACGGUUCAGCUCAUGGGGCAUUUGAUUCAUGUCGCAAUGCCUACGCUAUCUAUCCUAGAGGGAUGAACGAGAUAGUGCAAAGGAGCAAUUCGAGUGCUGCAUUCCAGGGCCAAGCAAACAAAUGAAUGACGCAUUGACUCUGUGAGACCGGCAUGAAAAAUACCAACAAUUCCAACAAUGUUCUUUUAUUCCAUACCCAGUACUCCGUAAUUGAAAACAGCGCUCUCAGCCCAUGAUU